UUCACUGCAACAAUGGCGACCGCUUCAGGGCUGUUUGCCGGCAGUGAGGAGCCAGAGGAGCGGCGGCGGCGGCGGCUCUGUUGGAGCCGCGGAGAGGAGCUCUGUACUGUGGAAAUGCAGCUGCUCCGCCCGCGGGAGGCGCUCCGCGGCUGAGGAGCCCUUGUGAAGACCGGUGAACUCGAGCUGUGGACUGUGUCCGGCGAGAUGACCGCGGUUCCGCCGGGGCCUAGCGGCGGCGCGCUGUCCGCGUCCCCGGCCAAGGUUUGCUUCUUCCCCGGGGACGGGUGCGCUCUGCCCGCGGGAGGGGACCCGCUGGAGUGGCCGCUGAAGGACCCUGGGCAGGAGCGGGAGGUGAGAGGCCGCGGCGUGGAGCGCAUGUUCCCGGAGGUUCACACGAACUGUCAGGCGCUGGAGAGGCAGAUAAACGGCUUAAAGUGCGCCGGGCUGACCGGGGUCGACCACAGCACUCCCGAGUCUCAGCCUAGAGCGGCCAUGGAGCUCCAGGACAGCCGCGUAGGAGCUCUGGACGGCCUGCACAACAACAGCUGCAGCAGGCUGUGUUUUCCUCACCACCAUGAUCUCAACACGAACGGGGACAGCAGCAUUCGCGACAGGCUCACUCUACCUAGAACUGAGCUCAGUCACAGCCACACGAGGCUCGAGGAAGGGGCUGUUUUGGCAUGUCAGACUGAUGGACCAGUGGAGCAGCUCUCCAGGUUAGACUUGAACCACUCGCCCUCCAGAGAAACGGGGCCAGCCCAGGAGAUUAAAUAUGUGCGUUAUGAGUCCGAGUUACAGAUGCCUGGCAUCAUGAGACUCAUAACCAAGGACCUGUCCGAGCCUUACUCCAUAUAUACAUACCGAUACUUCAUCCACAACUGGCCACAGCUCUGUUUUCUGGCUGUGGUGGAUAAGGAGUGUGUGGGGGCUAUUGUGUGUAAGCUAGACAUGCACAAGAAGAUGUUCCGGCGUGGGUACAUCGCCAUGCUCGCUGUGGAUUCCAAACAUCGUCGGAAAAGUAUUGGUACUAACCUUGUGAAGAAGGCCAUCUAUGCUAUGGUGGACGGAGACUGCGAUGAGGUGGUGCUGGAAACAGAGAUCACCAACAAAUCUGCCCUGAAGCUGUAUGAGAACUUGGGCUUCGUGAGAGACAAACGGCUCUUCAGAUAUUAUCUCAACGGGGUGGAUGCCUUGCGGCUCAAACUGUGGUUGCGCUAAGCUAUGUUUCUGUCUCUUCUAUUUCAACAUGGUCAAGUUCAAAACAGAUUCCACUACUUCUGUAAGUGUGGGCAUAGAUUCUCAAGGCCAUAUUUUUCUUUGCUGGUCAAACAAAUCCAAGGACUAUGGUGGUGAAGGCGUUGCUAGUGUAAAAGGUUAAAGCCCUCUUAUGUGCUCACAGAGUUUUGUGGCACAUUAAGAGUUAAGGCUUAGCUAAAUGUAAGAGAUCCAGGGGACACAGGAAGUUCUUUUGAACAGCAGCAGAAAUAAAGAAGUGACACAGUGAAAUACUGGGCCCAUGAAAUUUGAGGUUAAGAGUCUGUUUAUACACAGACUGAGGGACUUGAAUGUUGAGUGCAGGUUUGUUUUUUUUGUUGUGUGAACUGUGUGCUUGCUUGCUGUGAGGGUUUGCUUUAAGCAGUGUAGUGUGUAAUAGUAAUGUGCAUAUUGGUGAAGCUGAUGUGUGAUUUUGUGUAUGGGUGGGUAUGAAUGUGUUGCCUGAUAAUCAUCCUGAAUCUUGCAAGCUUGCACUUGGGAUUACUGAGCGUGUAUCUCUGACAUUACACCAGUUGAGGGCCAAUUCUAGAUAAAUUAACUAAAUGCACGAAGGUUGUAGCUAUCAGAUUGAUCCUGAUGUGAUUCUCAAAGCACAAGUGGCUUCUGUUAUUGCAAAAGUUGAAAGCUUACAAGAUCCAGACUGGUAUAAAUCUGGCUGGGGAUCAUGUUGAUUCAGAGAAAGUCUGCUUGUAUGACAAGAGCAUAGGAAUCUCCUCUUAAAUAGAUGUUUUCUUUGCCUGUAAGAACUUUUUGUGUUGCAGUCAGAGGCAAAUGAGCCUUGUAUAGUCCUCAGCAGAACAGUUGGACCUCCCCAUGUAACAUGUUAGAAACAUGUGAAGAACAUAAACAUGGCUUGUUUUUAUUUUUUUAUUGUAUUUUAGUUUUGUUUUUCCAUACAGUUUUUUUUCCUUUAUUUUCACAACUUCACUAUAAAAAAAUGCUCCGUAGUGUUUGUGACUUGACCGCUUUGACAGCAGAAGCCUUAAUAUGCCUUCUCCAGUGCAUACUUGAAUUUCAGCAGUAAGCAGUAAUUUGAAGGAUACACUCAGUUCAGUAACUUCAGUGGGUGGUUCUGUUUAAUGAGAAAUUAAACAAGUCAUUAAAAUAUUAUAUCACUUUUUUUGUAACAUUCUGCAGGUCAGCUGAGUGAUAGCUGUUUACUUACUAAUGGAGCUGGUGUCCGUGUGCACAGCCUCAGCGCUAAAUGCAAAGUGCAAAACUUGCCAUUGGCUUGCCUAUACAAUAUUAACUCUUCAGUGGGCAAACCAUAUUUUUUAAGAUUAAUGAAUCUUCAUCUGAGACCAGUCAAAUCUUUUACAAACUCCCAUUUUGUGGUGCUCUCUUGACAUCCAUUAAGGUAUGAUUAUUUAUCUUCAUGAUUCUCAUUGAAUAAGUAAGCGGAGCUUGAUUUGGUUUCACCCUGUUACUUGUGUAAGUUCAUUUAAGUGUGUUACCUUCUGACAUAUGGGAGUUAAAAAGUUGUGAAUUCAGAAAACUCUUCCUUAGCUCAGAUGCAGUUGGUGUGAGCAAAUGAGACACGAUGCAGCUUAAUGUAUGCAUACGUUUAGUUUUGUUCUAGAAUAUAUGGAAAGAUGUUCUAUUGCACUUUGAUUCAAAAUGCUGCUGGUUUGUGUAUCUAUGUGCAUGUCUGUGUGAUUGUCAUGUGUCUCCUGGAUGCUACUAGGUGGCGUUUCACUGUGUGCUUGUGGAAGCAAUCAGAGUCCAAACUGCUCUCCUGACACCAAAUUGCAGUACUAAAACAUGAAACCUGGGAAGAACAUGGAGUUGGGGGCCAGUCACUUUGCUGUGCUGUGAUGUUUGUGGCCCUUUUUUUUUAAGUUUUGCAUGGGUCUGUAUACACAUACACUGUGGUUAGUUGUUUUGUUAUUCUGAAUUAUUUUGUUCAGAAGCAGAGAGAUUGAGUUGUGUGGAUUAUGUGACUUUUUUUUUUUUCUUUAUGGUCAUAGCCAUCCUUAUUGAAAGCCAGGUUUCUGCUGUCUGUGAUUCAACCAUUUGGAUCUGCCCACUCCUCAGGUGAAUUCAGCCAACCUCAGAGAACAUGAACAAUGCAUAAAGGACUAUAACUGGACUGUCCUUCAUCAGGAAUUAAACAUCAAUGCAGACUGUGAAGCCUUUGAACAAAGGAAAGACACCACAGGGGCCCAUGCUGUUCAUUCAUUGCUCUGACAAGUAUUAACAAGUGAGUUAUGUAUAUUGAUUGAACUGCAUUACAUUUCUGUAACCCCUAAACACUGAUAGGAAUAGGAAAUGGGAUUUACUGGGAUUUCUUGGUGCUUCCCUCAAGAAAACAGUAUUAUUCCUGGAGGUGUGAAAGGUACCUGACAGUAUGUUUUCCAGCCUCUGGUCUACUAGAGCAGUAAGAGUUGGUAUAAAGAAGCACGCUUCUAUAUAUUCUUAAUGCAAAUGGUUGUCUAUGGAUGCAGAACUGUUUGGUUUCUCAUUCUAUAUUUUGUUUGGUGAAGGGUUCAGAGUGAAGUUUUGCAUGUCAUUUUUAGGAAGUUUCUCCUGCCCUGUUUGAAUUUCAUUUAGAUCUAAAAACAUUACAAUAUCUUUUAUUUAAUGUGGAUAGAAAAAAGCCUCAGAAAUAAAUUAUUUGAUUUUUUCAA